AUGGCGCUUGCUGAUUCCAGACCUGUUACCAUCACAACUGUUGAGAGCGAGGUUAUUCGUAACUCAAAAUCUCCUAUUUUCCACGCUAAUUACCUUAAUGAAGGCCGGGACGAAGAGCUCGUGCAUGGUAGUGACUCGAGUAACAGUCCCAGCUCGUCAAUUGAUGACGAUUCUGACUCACAGUCACCCAAGUCUUUAACGGAAUUGGCCUCCAAGCCCAAGAGCUUAAGUUCAACGUCGCUGACGUCAUCAUCAUCGUCCGUUGCCAUAUCAAAAAUAGUGCCCGUUACGGGGGAGCGACCCAAACCAAAAAAUAAUGAACCUCCGUUGGAUGACGAAGUUCUGCAUGCGGUUUUUGUUAUACUAUGGGAGAAGGAUCCUCAGCAGCACGGCAUGACUGUAAAGCAAUUAUGCGAUCUAUUGGUAGAACGUCAUCCGGAAAUGGCUAAUCUAUCUACCAAGCUAUCCAAUCUCGUCUCUGCGAAACUGAAUGCAUAUGUUAAAAAAGUUGAAAAGGGUGAGAAAGCCCUCACUUACGCUCUAUCUCGCGAAUGGUCAGAUGCAUCGCCAAGAAGAAUGGUGUAUGUAUAUCGUGGUAUACUGGCGCCAGAAUAUCAACAGAUGGCCCAAGCUGCAUCUGCGAAGCAGAAAGCAAAACAAUAUUCUGCCAGUCCGAAACAGAAAAAGGCACCGGGCUCUUCUAGUAUAAAUGCUAAAUCAAAUCAGCAAAUGGAAAAUAAUCAGACUCAUCCGCAAGGGCUUGAGUUAAACUCAACACUAGUUGAUGCAAAAAACGCUGGCAAUUUCACCCGUACGUUAGCAGUUAAUAAUAAUACUUUCUCAAAUGGGAUUUACGGGAAUUCCGAACUUAAUAUUCCUUACUCUACUUCUCCCGUGUCACUGGGGCUCACGAGUAAUGUUUCCAUGAGCAAUAGUGCGGGUAGCGGACAUGCGAUCAAUGAGGGUGGAAAACGGGCACCUGGCACAUUAGACGAACCACUGUCCAAAAGACCAAAGAAAGACGGUCCAGUACACAUGGUCUCGACUGGGAGGGUUGCCCAGAGUCGAUCGUACAACCCACCCCCAUCUGCACCCCAACAAAGCUAUGUCACUGCGGCAGCCGCGGCUCCAAGGCUUUCUAAACUUCUCCCCACUAGGGGGACAGCUACCCCCACUAGCGCCUCUUCAUCAGCGCAGUCCCCUUCAAGCUUUAAUGCCGCAACGCUAAUUGCAGAUAUACACAAGGCAGUCAUCGCACAGAGUCCCAUCAUAAUGAAAAUGGACCCGCAGGAUAGGGGAAACGAUCUCAAUACAUGGCUCAAAACUAUCCGGGGCGGGUUCCUUACUGAGGAGAUUGAUUCGCCGGAAUCGGUGACUGUUGACGAAUUAGAUGAAAUGUUCGAUUGA